AUGAAACAACAAAUUAUCAUUUUUACUGUACUUCUAAUCGGUAGUGUGUUUGCUGGACUUAUCCAAGAGAUUAAAUUAAAGGAUGAUACUGUAAUAACGGUCCAAGCCACCAAUAACACCAAAGUUCCAAGCAUACUUUGGACAGUAGAUGCCGUAGAAUGUUUAAAAGAAGCCAUUACAGUAUACGCUGAUGAACCUUUAAGAGCCAGUGCCUAUUUGGAACUUUUCGAAGCUAAACACCCAGGUAACUGGAGUGUUGCUGUUGGGUACACCACAAUCAUCUCCAACUCCGACAUCUACGUCGAAACUACUGUGUCCGGUGGAGGCAAAAACUUCAAAAAAGACAAAUCUGGCGGUGUUCUUUACAGGAUUUUCAAUUAA